AUGGGCGAGCUCAUUUUGCAGUUAGAGAUCGUGUUCGCCCACGCGGCCAUUGCCCACGCCGAAGACAUUCCGAACCAUCUUCGGCCCCAGUACCUGCAGACGGAAAGGGCACCAGGCUGA